UGGCCGGGCGGGCUGACACUACCUGCAGGUGGCUCCUCUUCCGCCUCUCCUGACCACCCCCAGACGCCGCGCCGGCUGCCGUGGGAGCGCCUUUGUGUCCGGCCCCGAGAGCCCGCGACGGCCGCUGCGCGCCCGGGUCCAUUGUUUCGCUUCUGUCUCUUCCGGGCAGGUGCCCGCGGCGCGCGGGGCCCGCACGUGCCAAAGCGGCGGCAGGAGGGCAGGGACCCGCGGGCGCCGGCAGGGGCGUCCCGGGCGCGCGGCGCGAGAUGAAGUACCUGAAGCCUUGGUGGUCGGACGGCGGCGGCCUCCUGCACCUCACCAUCCUGCUGAGCUUGGCGGGGCUCCGCCUGGACGUGGACCUGGACCUCUACCUGCUGCUCCCGCCGCCCACCCUGCUCUGGGAUGAGCUCCUGCUCGCUGGUGGCCCGACGAGCUCCGCCUACGCGCUCAGCCCCUUCCCGGCCUCGGGAGGGUGGGGGCGCGCGGACCAGCUGCACCCCAAAGGCCGCGAGCCGGACCCCGAGGCGGAGCCCGAGGGCCGGCUGCUUCGGGAGGUUCGCGCGCUGGGGGUCCCCUUCAUUCCCCGCACCCGAGUGGAUGCGUGGCUCGUGCACAGCGUGGCGGCCGGGGAAGCCGACGGGGCCCACGGGCUGCUCGGCGCCGCCGCCGCCGCCUCCUCCGCCGGAGGAGUCGGCGCCAGUGUGGACGACAGCAGCCAGGCUGCGCCGGGGGAUGGCGGGGACCCCCGAGCGGCUGCAAGUAGCCCCUUGGCAGCCGGGGAAGAGGAGAAGGCACCGGCAGAACCGACGGCUCAGGUGCUGGACGCCGGCGGCCACGCGAACCAGGAGAAUGAAGUACUAAGAGAGAGGCAUGAAGCUGUGGAUCACAGCUCCCAGAAUGUGGAAAAUGAGCAAAGAGUUUCAGCCCAAGAAAAAUCACUACCACAGAAGAAUGAGGAUGAAAGUAAAAUAGCAGAUAAACCUGACUGGGAGGCAGAAAAGACCACUGAACCUAGAAAUGAGAGAUCUCUAAAUGGGACAGAAACAGCUUUCUCUCUGGAAGACUUAUUUCAGAUGCUUCCAUCACAGCCUGAAAAUUCACUGGAGGGCAUCUCCCUUGGAAAUACUUUUCUGGGAAGUAUCAAUGAUGGCAUGAAUUCUUCAACACACAGUGUAAACUUUAGCCAAGCUAUAAGUCACGAUGUGAAUCUCCAUGAGGCCAUGUUGCUGUGUCCUGACAAUACAUUUAGAAGAGAACCAGUAGCAAGGACUUCACAACCACAAGAAUCAUUUCUGCAGUUAAAUUCUCAUACUACCACUCCUGAACAGACCCUUCCUGGAACUAAUCUGACAGGAUUUCUUCCCGUUGUUGGCAGUCAGAUGAGGAAUCUAACAAGUCAAGAUCUUCUGCAUGACCUCGAUAUAAACAUAUUUGAUGACAUAAAUUUAAUGUCUUUGGCCACAGAAGGUUUUGAUCCAAUGGAAGUGUCUCACCUUUUUGAAGAACCAGAUUCAGAUUCUGGGCUUUCCUUAAAUUCAAGCCACAAUAGGACCUCUGUCACCAAGUCUAAUUCCUCUCAGUCUGUGUGUGAAGGCGCUGCAGGUUGUAGUAGUGACCUUGAAUCUCUUUCCCACCAUGACUUGGAAGGAGCUGUAGGAGGGUACUACCCAGAACCCAGUAAGCUUUGUCACAUGGACCAUAGGAGUGAUUCUGGUUUUUGUGGGGACCUUGCAUUUCAACACAUUUAUCAUAACCACACUUACCACCUACAGCCAAGUGUCCUAGAUUCCACUUCUAGAUCUUUUUCAUGGCAUGGGAAGUCACAGAAAGUGAGUAAGUACCUCAAUGACACAGACAGAAACUUAAGCCGUGAUGAGCGGCGUGCUAAGGCUCUGCAUAUCCCUUUUUCUGUAGAUGAAAUUGUCCGUAUGCCCGUUGAUUCUUUCAACAACAUGCUAAGCAGGCACUACCUGACAGAUUUACAAGUGUCACUCAUCCGUGAUAUCAGAAGAAGAGGGAAAAAUAAAGUUGCUGCUCAGAACUGUCGAAAACGCAAACUGGACAUAAUUCUGAAUCUUGAAGACGAUUUAUGUAACUUGCAAGCCAAGAAAGAAAUCCUUAGGAGAGAAAGAGCCCAGUAUAACAAAGCUAUUAACACAAUGAAACAAAAACUGCAUGACCUUUAUCAUGACAUUUUUAGUAGGUUAAGAGAUGAUGAUGGUAGGCCAGUCAAUCCAAACCAGUAUGUUCUUCAGUGCAGCCAAGAUGGAAGUGUUUUGAUUGUACCUAAGGAACUGGCGACCUCAGGCCACAAAAAAGAAAACCGUAAGGGAAAAAGAAAGUGAGGAAAUUAAAGACAGAUUCCAUUAAGACGUAUAAGGUUAUCAAACGGGUACAUAGCCACAAACCACCGAAACUGCUUCAAAGUUUGGCUCAAGUAUCUUUUACUACUGCUACUUGAAUCACUCAGGGCUACGUUUUGAAGCUUUUGGACAAAUUUGUGGUUAGUUUUGGGGAAGCCACAACUUUUCAUGAAGCCUGACUGCAUUAUACGCAGGACUCCUGACAGUCCAGUCACUUGGUUGCCACUUUUUUGUUUUUUUUUGGUGACUUGAAAUGCAAUGUAAUUUAGCUUUUAGCUUUAAGUAUUUUAGCACUGUAGUUACCACUGAAUAUAUGGAGUCUUAGUAUGAAUACUUAAUUUACAACUUUAUGUGGAAACAAAUUUUGUAUUUGAAUUUAUAAAAAUUUCUUAUAUAGAAAUUCUAACCAUAUUUAUCUUGGGUAUUUGUUCUCCACAAAACCCACAUUCAGGUAUACAGGUGAUAUACGUAGCCAACAGGGCAGCAUAGUGUGGCUUUCAGUAUUUGCACAAAAAUUGGCUUAAGUCCAAUCAGUCACCCCUUGGACUUACCCAACUUCUAAACCAAGGUGCCAAGGAACAUUGGGGCUUCAAAACAUGUCUAAGGACAAAGACCUUUACACAGGUUUAUGCCUCUUUUAAGUACACACAGCUACUUGCAUAUAGAGAAAUAGACCUACCUAGCAAGUUCAACCAGCCUGUAGAAAUGUUUGCACAUCUAUAACAUGGAUCUCUCCCCCAAAAGGCCUCAACAUAGUAAUGUGAAAACGUUACAAGCAACACAAGCCAACAGUAGGGGAAAGGAGAAGUCAGUUGAGUAUGGGCUUUACAACCAAAUAAAACCUGGAAUAAUUGGAACC